AAAGUCCAAGACGCAGGGACAUUCCCUAUCCACAAUAACGGAUACAUUCUACGAUACUUCAACGUUUACGUCAAGAUCUCCCAAGACCCAUGCUGUGGAUUUGGGUAAAGGAAAAAAAGGAUCACAAUACAAAAAAAGUCAAAUGGAGCAUGAAAGUUUCGAAAAUACCGUUGCAGAAGGUUCCAAUUCUGUAACCAAGUCCUCUUCGUCAGAUGGGAGUGGCGGCUUUAUGGGAUUUUUCAAGAAUGCGUUAAAGUCUUCUUCAGCACCCUCUACCAUAACGCCGUCCAGGCAGUAA